AAAAAAAAAAAAUAAAAAAAAAUUGAAAAAAAAAACAAAAAAGAAUUAAAUAAACAUAAUUACUUUCGCACACAAUCAAACGUACAUAUACACUAAUAUAUACGCAUUACCUACCUAUGCAAUAAUCGCAUUGGCAACGAAAACGAGACAAAUCGAAUCGAUUAAAAUCAAAUCAAUACCUCAACAUUGACUCUCGAUGGGAGGCAAUAAUCGAAAUAAUUGUCAAAUUGUUGUCUCCCGUUAAAUUGGCCGAGCAACGAGCGACGCGAAUACUCAAUUAAUGCAGUUUAUUAACGAAAUUUCUAUGAUACAGACGACUUUUAUUUAGACUUAAGUCUACAUACUAAGGCAUUCUAGUGGAAUAAUAUUAAGGAGACGUAAAGAAGAUAAAUUUUUUUUGUUCUUUUUUGUCUUUUUUUUUUUUUUUUUUUUUUUUCUCAACUCUUAGAAAUUAAAUGCGUGAGUGAAAAAGAAAUUAGUUUUUUUAACGGUGUUAAAGAAAGUUGUUAAAAAGUUUUAUUCUAUUUUAUGGCGCGUGGACGUAAUCAUAAUCGUAACCGAAAUCAUUCGUUACAAAAUUCAUCGAAUUCAACUCAGCAGCAAACUAAUCAACAGCAGCUGCAACAGCAAACGAAAACUAAACAGCCACCGCCUGCACCUGUUGCCUCAAUUAUUCGAAAUAAUCAUUGUUCACCCUCAACAAACUCAGAAGAAGAAGAGAAAAGAAAUGAUGCCAUUUGCAACGAUCCAAGUAGUAAUAAUAAUUAUGCUGUAAAAAAUACUGCCUAUGAAAUAAAAGCUAUCGCACACCUUGAAAGUAGUAGCAACACCGGCCCCGCGAGUUGUUCAACCACAAAUACUUAUCAAAUGACGACGUCUAAUAAUAGCCUAAAGAAUUUCAACCAAGUCAAAGUGAAUAAUAAUAAUGAAAAUGACGGUGACGAUAGCGAUCAUAAUGAUAAUAAUGAUUGUGAUAAUAAUGAUGACGAUGAUGUCGAGAGUGAAGUGCUUAAACAUCAAAGUAAUUCAGCCGGAGAGAAUUGCCAUUACUCUAGCACUUCGCCAAAAAGAGAUGCAAAUUGUGAUCAUAUCGAUGAGAGAGUUAACGAACUAAGAGGUGGUAAUAUCGCUAAAAAUAAAGAGACGGCUAAUAUUAUUCGUUCUUCAUGCACCGAGCAAAACGGCAGUGUGUACGCGCAAGUAAUACAAAAAGAAAAUAAAGGGACUAGCGAUUGCCCUCAGUUCAUAAAUAACUACAAUUAUGCAAAUGACGCUUUCGUAGGAUCUGCCGGAUUAAACCAAUAUGAUCCAAAUAGUGUUAUUAUAACAGAUGUAAGAAAUUUCAAUAAUAAUAAUAAUAAUAAUAAUAAUAAUAACAACGAAAAUCACGUGCAUAUGGUGGCAAUGGGUCAGAAAACUACUAAGUGUGAAUCGAAUAACACUUCAAACUAUCCGUCAUUACCGUCAAGUAAUCGUGAAUCUUUCAAUUCAAUAUCUGAAGGUUCAAGUACCGGAAGUAAACGUGAACGUGAAACAUCGUCAUCGUCAGCAUUGUCGCUAAACGACACUCAAGUGCCUUUAAUAACAGUGAGUGAUUGCAGUAAUGAUGACGCCUUCAGUAGUAGUAGCCAUGAAGAAGUUCAAUGCGUUGAAAGAAAUUUAAAUGAGAAAGAGGAAUUUUUUGAUUUUGAAACGGAAAAUCGUCAAGAAAUUUUUGUGGAUACACAAAAUGAGGAAAUAUUAAAUUAUGAACAGCAAAAAACAAAUACACAUCAUUAUUCUCCUCCCACCGCCUUCCCGUAUAAUCAAAUGCGUUGCAAUCAAAACAAAUUAGAAGAUGUACCAGAACAAGAAGAAAACGAAGAAGACGACCAAGAAGACGAAGACGAUGAAAAUGAUGAAGAAAAAGAUGAUGUUGAUAGCAGUAAAGAAGAAGAAGAAGACGAAGAGUUUGUUGAUGCCGAUCGGUCAGACUGUUUAAAAACCGUACUAGCAAAACAUUCAAGUUCAUGUACUCCCGACGAACCUUUGCCGCUGCUCAAAAGCAAUACAAAUGAAAGUGACCUAAACUCAAGUAACAGUUUUCUUGAUUCUGGUAUGGGUGACUCUCUGGCCACGUCUGCAAACUAUCAUUGCAGCACAAAUGCAGGCUCGCAUCAGCAAAAACACGACUACUUCCAGCAGCAACGGUUACCUUUUGUGCGUGACAAUAAUUCCACCGAUUGCGACGAGACUUUAACUCAAUGCGAUGAUUUACAAGACUUUAUCGACGCGCCGCAUGCUUAUCAUGAAUCUGCUGAACGCUUGGUUUGCAUUGAAAGCAUAAGUUUGCCAGAUGUGGUUGUCGAGUCGACCAACUCUAGCGGCAGUAGUAGCAGUAGUUCUUCCUCUGCAACACAAUCGAAUGUUAAUUCUUCUUCUACAUCUUCGACUGAUACAGAAUGUGAUAUUAUUAAUAUAAACGGAGCUGAAAGCAACAAUUGUGGAAAUGUACACUUUAUACCCAUACACCUUGAGGGUCAGCGCAAUAAGCUGAAAACAAACGAUAGCAUUAAUGGUAGCACACAAAGUGAUUCAAUCGAAAUCACUGAGAUACCAUUGAGGAGAAGUAAGCAUAUAUCAGAAAAUGAUUUACAAGCGGAAAAGUUAAAACAAGAAUUGCAGGAGCAAAAAUCACAGUUUCAUAUACAAUUGGAAGAUGCCCAUAAGAAUGUGCAAAGCCUUGAAGGCAAAAUUAAUGAAAUGCAAUUAAAAAUAGAAAAUUUAGAGCAGGAUUUAUCGGCAAAAACUUGGAAUGUUGACAGACUGCAGGGUGAAUUAAAUGCAGCGCAAAGGGACGAUGAAUACGUUAGGAAAAAGUUGAAAUUACUGGAAGAUGAGAAAAACAAUUUACGGCACCGUUACGAUGAAUGGGAAGAUGAGUUCAAAAAGAAAUAUGAUGAACUCGAAACGCAAUAUCAUGAACUGCAAGAUCAGUACAAAGAAACUCAAAGUUUAGCAAGUAGUUUACAUAGUCAAUUAAUGGUGGCGCAAAAUGAAGUGGAAAAAUGGCGUAAAGAAAUUGAAACGAUACGCGUCGACUUAGAGGAGCAAAUAAGGAUAUUAAAGAACGCUUUGGAAAAUUCGGAAAAUGAGCGUAAAAUAUGCGAAGACCGGUGGCAAAAACAAUUUGAGAUGCUCCGUACUCAUAAUAUGGAUCGUGAGGAAUCUAUUAUGACGGAUUGCGAGUGGCAGUUACGGCAAAUGCAGAAACAGUGCAAAGAUAAAACCGAUAAUGCCGAACGUGAACGUAAAGUAGCCGUUGAAAAAGUUGAACGAUUGGAGAAUGAAUUGGAGGAACGUUGUAAAGAAGUUGAUGAUUUACGUCACUUUCAGGCUCAAGUAAAUUCUUUACGCGGUGUAGUCACCGAACAAGAGCACUCCAUUCGUAGUCUAGUUGAGCAAAUUGAAAAUCUUAAAAGUGAUUUAACGGCGGCUAACGAUAAUUUACAAGAACAAAUCGAAAAUGUUGAAAAAAUCAAAAUCAAAUGUGAUCGAACUUUAUAUGACAAAGAGCGUCAGAUGUUAUAUCGUAUUGACGAAGUGCGUAACGAAGCGGCUGCUUUUUGGGAAGACAAACUGUACACCGAAAUGACAAGACUGAAGAACGAACUUGAAUCGGUUUAUAUCGACGAAAGGCGAGACGCCCUUGACAAACUUCAAACCGAACAUAUAGAAGAAUUACGUGCAAUCACCAAUCGUUACACAGCUAACGAAGAUGAAUUGCGCGCUGAAUUAACUGAAGUUCAGGAAAGACUUGAACUAAAAACUGAUGAUUUUUUAGAGUUGCGAGAGAAAUCCGAUAAUGCUUUAUUACAAAUUCGGAUGCAUCUUGAACGAGCCGAUCGUGACUAUCAAGUGGCCAUGUGCCGCGAAGAAGAAAAACGCGAGGCUUUAGAAAAUGAUUUACGUAAACAAUUUGAAAGUGAAAAACAAGAAAUGGAAGAACGUUUCGAAAAACGCUUAGACGAAAUGAAAGAUGAAUUUGCGAAGAAAAUGAAUAUUGCUUCGCACGAAAUAACGUCCAAGCAUCAAAAGGAAAUUGGAAAAAUGAAAGAGCAAUUGUUAAGCGAGAAAGAAGAGGCCCUGCAAGAGUUAACCGAAAAACAUCGCAAAAAAUUGAAAGAUUGCGAAGACAAUGUGAAGGAACUAGAAUUGCAACAUAAACGUGAUCUAAAAGACUUAAGAUCAGCUUAUGAUGCUGAGAAGGCUGUGUUAGACAAACGAGACAUUAAUAAUGCCAACGAAAUCGAACAACUGCACCGUAAAUGUCGUUGCCUAACAAAUCUAUUUGAAGAGAUGCGCAUGCGUUACGAGCGACGUGAUCCGCGACCUGAGGAUCUUCGAGAAAUCUCUGAGUUGCGUAGCCGCUGUGAAGCCCAAGAACGCGAUCUCUAUUUACUCACUGAUCGCCUGCGGGAAAUGCAAAUACAAAUGAACGAACUGCAACGAAACGGUAACGAUUGUAACGUCCUAAAUAGUAAAAAUAAUAAGAAAUCAAAACAGAUAAAAAAACCUCCGCCAAAAACUAUACCGACCAGCUGCGAUAUCAUUUAUGAGGAAAACGAAGAACGUGACUCGCCACCGCCAUCCGCAACACUUACACAAAAUGCAUACUUAGUAAAUAAUAGCAAUAAUAAUGGAAAUCAGAAAGAUCAUAGCUCAAAAAACGAGAAAAUUGCUGACGUAAUUCCCGCAGGCCAUAAUAACUAUAAAGUCAAUGGGAAAUUAAUUAAUAAUGUGAACGAGGAUGAUAGCCAUAUGAUCACAGCUAUGUAAUGUGUGGUCUGUGCGACAGGAGAUGGAGAGAGAGAGAGAGAGAGAGAGAGAGAGAGGGUUCGGUGAUGGACGGUGGAUGGGACGAUUAAAGGGGAUGGAGAAAGCACGAUAGGUUAAUAUUCUCAACUCAUUUUCAGCUGCUUUCACGAUUACAUUUCCUGCUCUUAUAAAUUUUAAUUAUUUUUUUUUUUUUUUAAUAUAUUUUCAUAUAUUUUUUUGUUUUAUUUUUUAUUAUUAUUUAUUAUUAUUAUGGUACGUAGGUGCGAAAUUGGUGCCAUGAUGCCAAUCGCGUAAUUUCGAUACGAAAUCAACAUUUGGCAUAUUAUCGAAUUCACAACUAAUUUACAUUUACAAAUAAUAUGUUUUUCUCUGUUCCUUUAUGAAUUCGUUGACUAGUUGUAAUUGUAUGUAAAUUGAAUUUCAAUUUCUGAAUAUUAAAAUUAUCCAUUUUAUGUGCAUUGAAAUUAAGGGGAAAAACAAAGAAUUAAAAAAUAAAAAAAAAAACA